GCCCUGCGCUCCCUCUCUGCGCAUGCGCCCUGCAGCCCGGGCUGUCGCUCCCUGGCUGGCGGCUGCGGCUGCGGCGAGUCCCCGCUAUGGAGUCCUACGAUGUGAUCGCGAACCAGCCCGUGGUGAUAGAUAACGGCUCGGGUGUGAUCAAGGCAGGUUUUGCAGGUGACCAGAUACCGAAGUACUGUUUUCCAAACUAUGUGGGCAGACCAAAGCACGUUCGUGUCAUGGCUGGUGCUUUAGAAGGGGACAUUUUCAUUGGGCCAAAAGCAGAGGAGCACAGAGGUCUGCUCUCGAUCAGAUAUCCCAUGGAACAUGGCAUAGUGAAGGACUGGAAUGACAUGGAGCGCAUCUGGCACUAUGUAUAUUCGAAAGACCAGCUUCAGACUUUCUCAGAAGAGCACCCUGUGCUUCUGACGGAGGCUCCCCUGAACCCACGUAAGAAUCGAGAGCGAGCCGCUGAGGUUUUCUUUGAGACCUUCAAUGUGCCAGCGCUUUUUAUCUCCAUGCAAGCGGUGCUCAGCCUUUACGCUACAGGGAGAACCACAGGGGUGGUGCUGGACUCCGGAGAUGGCGUUACCCAUGCAGUUCCUAUUUACGAAGGGUUUGCUAUGCCUCACUCCAUUAUGCGGAUUGAUAUUGCUGGCCGCGAUGUAUCCCGCUUCCUUCGCCUCUAUCUCCGGAAAGAAGGCUAUGACUUCCACACGUCAUCAGAGUUCGAGAUCGUCAAAACUAUCAAAGAGCGUGCCUGUUACCUAUCAAUAAACCCACAGAAGGACGAGACGUUAGAGACCGAGAAAGCCCAGUACUACCUGCCAGAUGGAAGCACUAUUGAGAUCGGCCCUGCCCGUUUCCGAGCCCCUGAGUUACUGUUCCGGCCUGACCUGAUUGGAGAAGAGUGCGAGGGGCUGCACGAGGUGUUGGUGUUCGCGGUUCAGAAAUCGGACAUGGACCUGCGGCGAACGCUCUUCUCCAACAUUGUACUGUCUGGGGGCUCCACGCUCUUCAAAGGCUUUGGAGACAGGCUCUUGAGCGAAGUGAAGAAACUAGCACCCAAGGACGUCAAAAUAAGGAUAUCUGCUCCUCAGGAGAGAUUAUAUUCCACGUGGAUCGGUGGUUCUAUUCUGGCCUCGUUGGACACCUUUAAGAAAAUGUGGGUUUCAAAGAAGGAAUACGAAGAAGAUGGAGCCCGUGCCAUCCACCGGAAAACCUUCUAGCCCUGGGACCCGUCCUACACUCGCUUUUCUGAGUCCGAGUGUCUAUGAGGAGCUGUGUGCGUGUGUGUGUGUGUGCAGAGCAUGGCCCCAGAAUGUCAUGGAGCAAAGAGGAGAAGGAUUAGAUCACCUUUUUUUUUUUUUUUUUUUUUUUUUUAAUUUUAAACUGUAGGAGGAAAAAUAACCAGGCCCCAUUUCUCCGGUCGACCCUAUUCCUUUUACCUUCACUCCUCUCGCGGCCACGUCUGUCACUCUAGAGAAAGGGAAUGGCUUAGAAAUGGAACAGCUGGACAGAAGGGGUCUGACCACUGCAAGGCAACCAGUCAGGUUGUUGUCACGUAGCCGAAGACUCCAAAGCCUGGCAUGUCCUUACCCUCCGGCACUCCACAGCACUGGCUGCUUCACCCUGCGGGGGUGCCCAGCAGUGUCUGUCUCUCUCUCACUGGCCAGUUCAGCUUUUUUUUUUUAAUAUAUUUUUAUACAGAAAAAACACAUUAGGAGCAGUUACAACUCCCCCCCCCCUUUUUUUUGGUUUUGUUUUGGGUGUGUGUGUGUGUAAACUCUUAGCCUGCUCUGCGGCUGUGGACCACGACUGCACAGCUGGAGAAACUGCUGACAGGACUUAGUUUGUAUUGCAUGGUGUAGGUCACAACCACCCCUCCGCCGCUCUGAUUGUACUAGACGGUUAUGAUCUUAGGCUCUUGUUUGCUGACAUUCUUCCUCCUUGGGAAGCAGGUGCCCAGGGUGGGUACAAAGGCACUGGUGUGUUUUGCUCUGAUUUUGUUUUGAGAGGUUUACAGGGCUGUGUCCUCUCUCACUCUGUAAGAGAGGAGGCUGCAUUUCCCCCUUUCUCCCACAGCAGGGUCAAGGAACCAUCCAUUUUCAGCCAGACAAAACCUCUUCCAUUUGAUCCGUCCUUGGGCAAAAAAGCACAUUGUAACUUUUGAAUUAUUUUAUUUAUUGAAAUGUUUAAUAUCUAAGUUACUAACAGGGCUGCUGGUUCCAGGGGCAGCGGCUGCCCCUCUCCUUCCAACACCCUUGUACUGAGUUUUCCAUUGUUUAAUGCGAACGCUAAUGUUUACAGCACACAUGCUUAGCAUAGUAGCCAGCUGCUCAAUCCUGCAAUGCUCCUUGGUUACUGUUAGUGAGUCAGCAUUCUCUAGGAAUGCACCAAAUGAGAGGACAAUAAACACUUAGUACGCUGGCAUUAUCAGCGGGUUCCUGAGCACUAGUUCUUCACUCCACUGGAGUGUUACACCAGGCUAACCCUUCUGGUAUGACACUGCUACCGCGGCUGUAAGGCCACGGACCUGCUCUGGGAGCAUGUUCUGUUGGGAGGAAGCAGCUGGUGCUUUUUACGUCUCAGUGUUUUUGGUUUUUAAAUGAGGUUGCUGCUGAGAACCAAAUAUUUUGCCUGGCUUAGCCACUUAAGUAUUAGAGGAGAACUCACCAGAGUUGUGGAGUCAGGGUAGUAAUCGUAUCUCUAUAUAGAUCCAAGUCUAGGUCUUCGAAAAGAACAAGAUUGGAGUAGGAGGAAAACAUCCUGGGGAAACCCAGAGCUUUUCCUAUCACCUAACAGAUUUGCACCUCUAGGGGCAUGGAAGGAGUGUGUUUUGUUUUGUUUUUAAACCACCUGUUUUUAUUUUAGAUACUACAUGGAUAGUUGGAGAUUCAGUCCUGGAUUUAGAAUAUGCAGUUAGCUUUAUAUUAUAAACGCCAGCUGCCUCCAUCAGACAUGUGAAGAUGCAAAUGCAGCUGUUGUGCUUAUCAUUAAAGGGAAAAAAGUGUUAAAGCCUACGCAGUUAGAAGAC